UCUCGGUCGAUUAAAAAAUCCAAGACCACAUGAUAUUUCGUCACUCCACAUGAUACAUAUGAAUACCUCUCCAUUUCUCUCUCCCCUUCUCCCUCUCUCUCUUCUUCCUUCCCAGAACCGCGAAGGCGAACGACAAUGAUAAGCUCUUUGGCGGCAGCUGCUGGGAAUCCUUCUCCGUCUCCAUGGACAUCAUCGAGAGCAUCAAUCCUCCUCUCGUCGCCAUACCGUAGAUAUCAUUUCUGCUCUGCUUCUUCUCCGCCUACCUCUUCCUCCAGUUUUCGUGUGACUUGCCUGAGCGGAUCACCGUCGAAUCCUCCAGACGUCUCCGGCGAGCUCAAGUUUCUACUGCACGACGCUUUGGAUUCUUCCGGAAUCGACACUACCCAUGCACGAGUGGCAAGGGAGGGAUUCUGCAAACAGAUAAAAUAUUUGUCGACUAUAGAGAGGAAAACCAGCAUUAGUGUCAAUAAAGGUAUUGAUCUGGGAAGAACGGCGCUCUACAUUGCAGCAGAGGAUGAUUCACUCGUUUCCCACUCGUCUGUUCCGUUACCUGUCGAUGCUUUCCUUCAGCGAUUGGAUGAUCUUUCCACGGGCUACUGUCCACACAGCGGUUCUUCAUCCAGGUUGUCGCCGGACCUGUUCCUGGACAGUCUACAGAGAUAUUUGAUUGACAAGAAGGGUUUUCACAGAAGCAAUGCUAGAAGUCCGAUUGACCCUCGAGCACUAUAUCUCCACUCGGUUUUGACACACCGCUCAGGCUCUGCAGUGAUACUUUCUCUGAUAUACUCUGAAAUGUUUAAAAUGCUUCGCCUAUGGGGUCUCCUUGACUUUGAUGCAGAGAUAUUUUACCCACAUGAUUUGAAUAGUCUUCCAACGCUCUAUAACAAACUGAAAAGUAAAGAGUCUGAUCAACCGCAUAUAUUGACAGUACAGGCCUUAUUAGAAGAGAUUUUGAGAGAUUUGAAAGUUGCUUUCUGGCCAUUUCAAUAUAGCCAUAGUAAGAGUUUAUUUCUAAGGGCAGCAGAUGCUGCGAAUUGCAUUGAUAGAUCGGGUCUUGGAGAAGAAAGUGGCUUUCAGCUUGCAUCUGCAAAGGCUGCUCAGUACAGGUUGGAUCGUGGUGUCUGGACUACUGUACGUCUUGGGGACAUGAGGCGUGCAUUGUCUGCAUGUGAACGUCUUAUUCUCCUCGGAACUGAUCCAAAGGAAUUGAGGGAUUACAGCAUUCUUCUGUAUCAUUGCGCAUUUUUUGAGCAAUCUCUGCAAUAUCUCAAGCUUUACCAGAAAGAAAAGGAAGCCUCCUCAAUGGAUAAACCAGGCGAUUCAUUUAGCAGCUUGGAGGAAGAUGCUGAAGAGAAACUGAUGGUUCGCCUCAACCUGAUUCUGAUGGAAGAAGGAUGGAGCAGGCCGUCACAGGUCAGGAAUUUUCUUGGUAACAACUCUGAACCCUGGUAAUUGUUAAACCAAAACUCUUGAGAAUACCAGAUGCCGCUUUCUACAUGGUUUUGUCCGAAAGACUAGCUGUAAACUGAUGACAGCCGGAGUCAAGUCAAAGGACACAAGUAGCUAAGCACAAAAAAUGGCACAGCUUCCUUUGUUCUCGGAGUCGAAAUGAACAUAAUAUCAGUUGAAGCUGAAGAAUUGGCACCAGUCAUUUCAGCUAGAUGAUUCAAGGGGCCUCCUUUCCGUAUAUAUCUUUUUCAUGGUACAUAUGCUGUCAACAACUUUUUGUAAAUUAUAAUUAAAAUAAAAAUUUUAAGAUUUUGCCAAGUAACAGUAGAUGAGAAUGUUAGCGUUGGGGGUUUGCUCGGUUUAUUCGUGUCUAAAAUUUGAGGUUUUUAGGUUAUGAAUUAAUCUAUUUACAUCUA